GAUAACUACUUUUGCACAUGAGAGGUAUGCUCAGUAUUUUAGGAAAAUCACCCAUGAUUCUACUAUUAUGUCCCCCCUAAAAUAUAUUUAUAACUCAAAGGACUUUCUGGUUACAUAAAGGUUAGAUGACAUUUUUUAAAAUCCCCAUAACUCAGGUUAAUGUAACAGUGUUACUAUGGUGACAGAGGACUGACUGAACACUGGACCCAGGCUGAAUGAACUUUUUUUUGCAUAAGUGCAGCAGGGCGCCGGGAGGCGGACAGCAUGACAUCCUACACAGAUAAAGGGGAGAAGCAUGAGAGGGGAAAGUUUGUCAGGUUUCAUCAUGUCACCUUCUGGGUCGGCAAUGCCAAACAGGCAGCUUCUUUCUACUGUGGUAAAAUGGGAUUUGAGCCUCUGGCCUAUAAGGGAUUGGAGACGGGCAGCAGAGAGGUGGUGUCUCAUGUCAUCAGACAGGACAAGAUCAUAUUUGUGUUUCAAUCUCCGCUCAACCCUGGAAACGAAGAGAUGGGAGAACACUUGAUCAGACAUGGUGAUGGGGUCAAAGACAUCGCCUUCCAGGUGGAGGACUGUGACUACUUAAUCAAGACAGCGAGGGAGCGAGGAGCUGAGGUGGUGAAGGAGCCGUGGGUGGAGCAGGACAGCUAUGGGAGAGUCAAGUAUGCUGUGGUCCAAACGUAUGGAGAUACAACACACACGCUCAUUGAGUACCUCAGUCCGUACAAAGGCCUGUUCCUGCCGGGACACAAAGAACCUCUGUUCAGAGACCCUCUGUUAGCCACACUUCCAGCAGGAGGUUUGAACUUCAUCGAUCACAUAGUGGGAAACCAGCCAGAUGAUGAAAUGGUGCCAGUUACAGACUGGUAUCAAAAGUGUUUGAUGUUCCAUCGGUUCUGGUCAAUAGACGACAAACAAAUCCACACACAUUACAGCGCACUGAGGUCCAUAGUGGUGACCAACUAUGAAGAGACCAUUAAAAUGCCCAUCAAUGAACCUGCCGCAGGGAAGAAGAAGUCACAGAUCCAGGAAUAUGUGGACUAUAACGGAGGACCAGGUGUUCAGCACAUCGCUCUCAACACGUCAAACAUCAUUCAAGCUAUAGUGAACCUGCGAGCCCGGGGGAUGGAGUUCCUCUCAGCUCCUGACACAUACUACACUAGCCUGCGGGAGAAACUCAGAUCCGCCAAGAUCAAGGUGAAGGAGGACCUCGACCGUUUACAGGAGUUAAAAAUCUUAGUCGAUUUUGACGACAAGGGUUACCUCCUCCAAAUCUUCACCAAACCUGUGCAGGACAGGCCAACGCUUUUCCUGGAGGUCAUUCAGCGGAACAACCACUUUGGCUUUGGGGCAGGAAACUUCAAGUCUCUCUUUGAGGCCAUUGAGAAGGACCAAGACGCCAGAGGUAACCUCACCGUGUUGACACCUGAGGGUCAGGCCAAAGCCUUCUACUGAUCAUCCAUCUGCUGCUGCUUAAACACACUUAUAUUUUUAUAUAUGGCUGUACAUUUCAGAUCAAUUACAACCCCCUUUACUACAUUGUUUAAGAGGGUUGAUAAUCAUCAUGUGAGGCUGAAAGUGCUAUCAGGUAUGUUUCAAGUUUGCUGUAGAUUGUAGGAGAAAUAAAGAAGCUGGAGCUCAAUUGUGUUUUGAUGGGGGGGUUAUGUUUGAAGGGAGCAUUUAAAAAGUCAAAAAAAAUUAUGUUGUCUUGCAAAUAGUUGGAUGAGAAGAUUUGCACCACUGUUAUGUGUAUACCAAGCUGCAACAGGUGGGACUGUGAAAAGAAGCUCAAAAACUGCAGUUCCUUGCAUGGCCACUUGAGGCUGGCUCCAAAAGGAGCUCAGUUCUGUCAGAGCAACACAAUAAACUGUAUAAAACAUA